UGCGUAUAAGAGCGUAAGCUCGCUCAGUAUCUUCUCCAACUGGAACUCAAGAAGAGCCUAUGUGCCAAGCUGCCAACGCUUUAGUUACGCUCUGUCUCCGCAUGCUUUUAUGUACUUAACAACCAUAUGCAUUCAUAAGUACUUGCUUGCAUAGUUAACGGUUAUUAUUAUUAUUAAAAAGGGACAUACAGUAUGGAAGCAGGGCCUGCCGCAGGCGGUUCCAUAAAACCCAUUAACCGGCAAUCCAUACAUAGGAUAUGUUCUGGACAGGUUAUAUUGGACCUGUCAACAGCUGUCAAGGAGCUGGUGGAAAACGCGCUAGAUGCUGGCGCGACCAACAUUGAAGUCCGGUUGCGAGAGUAUGGCUCGGCGCUGGUGGAGGUUGCGGAUAACGGGCGCGGCGUGCCCCCGGCGGAUUACCAGGCGCUCACACUCAAAUAUCACACUUCCAAAAUCACUUCCUUUGAGGACCUCACGUCGGUGAACACGUACGGCUUCCGUGGCGAGGCGCUCAGCUCCCUUUGUGCGGUUUCAGGGCUGUCCGUUGUAACGCGUACGGCAGAGCAGGCCGCGGGAGUACGACUGGAGUACGACCAUGAGGGAGUGCUGGUGCGCACCUCUCCGACGCCCCGAGCGGUGGGUACGACGGUGGCGAUUAAAGAUUUAUUUGGAACCAUGCCUGUACGACAUAAGGAAUUCCUGCGCAACCUGAAGCGCGAGUUUGCACGCGCCGUUGCGGUCCUGCAGGCCUACGCCCUCAUCGCCACACACGCUCGCAUCAUCGUCACCAACCAGUCCGGCAAGGCAGCGCCCCGCAGCACCGUUUUCACCACCUCCGCUCCAGCAGCCACUUACGAACCAUACCUAACGGCUGCGGCGGAAGCCGCAGAACCAGCAGACCCAGAAACCUCAGGUG